AUGUCGGACGAACUGACCGACGAGAUUGAGGCCAUCAACUCCAUCUACGGGGCGGACACGCUUCGACUGGCCGACGACGACGGGGCCGAUGGGGACGAGGCAGGAGGCGGAGGGAGCGUGCACGUGCUGCAGUUGCCCGGCGGGGCGUCAUGGCUGCGGCUGCGGUUCCCGGCGGCGUAUCCGGGGGAGCCGCCGGCGGUGCUGGGCACGCAGCGCAGCUCGGGGGGCGUCCGGGGCGCGGGGGCGCGGGACCUGGGCCUGUUCCGCGAGGCGCUGGGCGAGGUGUUUGAGAGCGGGACCGUGUGUGUGUUUGAUGCGGUGGAGGAGUUUGCGCAGGACGCGGGCCUGGCGGAUGAGGAGGAGAGGCGAGGACAGAGCCGGGAGGGGGAAGCGGUUGCGGGAGAGCAUCACGGCCAGCCUGGCGUCGAGCACGGGUCGUCUUCGGCCACAACCACGGAGACGGACUAUCCACCCCCGAUCUGGACCGUCUCUGAGCCCGUCACGGAAAACAAGUCAACCUUCAUCGCACACGUCACGCGCGUCACGUCUCCCGCGCAGGCCCGCGCACACAUCGCGCACCUCCUGGCCUCGGACCGGCGUCUGCGCACGGCGACGCACAACAUGACGGCGUGGCGCGUGCGCGGGCCGAACCACCACUCCUCCUCCUCCUCCUCGCCCAACCCCCCCGGCGGCGGCGGCAUGCACGACUGCGACGACGACGGCGAGAGCGCCGCUGGCGCGCGCCUGCUGCACCUCAUGCACCUCAUGGGCCUGUGGGACGCCCUCGUCGUGGUGUCGCGGUGGUACGGCGGCGUCAAGCUCGGGCCGCGGCGCUUUGCUGUCAUCAACGCCGUUGCUAGGGAUGGCUUUGUCAGGGCUGGCAUGGUGGCGGAGCGGGAAAAGGAAAAGGAGCGCGGCAAGAAGGCGAGGUGA